AUGGAUGUGGAGGUCAGGAUCAUGCAGAGGCUGGUCUCAAGGUCCCUUGCACUAGGUCAGCAGUACAGCUCCCUGGGGUCCCAGCCCAUCCUCUGCGGCUCCAUCCCCGGCCUUGUCCCCAAGCAGCUCCGCUUCUGCCGCAACUACAUCGAGAUCAUGCCCAGCGUGGCCGAGGGGGUGAAGCUGGGCAUCCAGGAGUGCCAGCACCAGUUCCGGGGCCGCCGCUGGAACUGCACCACCAUCGAUGACAGUUUGGCCAUCUUCGGUCCGGUCCUGGACAAAGCUACGCGAGAGUCUGCCUUUGUCCAUGCCAUUGCGUCGGCAGGGGUGGCCUUCGCUGUAACCCGCUCCUGUGCCGAGGGCACGUCCACCAUCUGCGGCUGUGACUCCCACCACAAAGGACCGCCAGGAGAUGGCUGGAAAUGGGGGGGAUGCAGCGAGGAUGCCGACUUUGGCGUGCUGGUGUCCCGGGAAUUCGCAGAUGCCCGAGAGAACCGGCCGGACGCCCGCUCAGCCAUGAACAGACACAACAACGAGGCCGGCAGGACGACCAUCCUGGAUCACAUGCACCUGAAGUGCAAGUGCCACGGCCUCUCGGGAAGCUGCGAGGUCAAGACCUGCUGGUGGGCCCAGCCGGAUUUCCGGGCAAUUGGUGACUACCUGAAGGAUAAAUACGACAGCGCCUCUGAGAUGGUGGUUGAAAAGCACCGAGAAUCUCGGGGAUGGGUAGAAACUCUUAGGGCCAAGUAUGCUCUUUUCAAGCCGCCGACAGAGCGGGAUCUGGUCUACUAUGAGAACUCCCCCAAUUUUUGUGAGCCCAACCCAGAGACGGGCUCCUUUGGGACAAGGGACAGAACAUGCAACGUCACCUCCCACGGGAUCGACGGCUGUGACCUGCUGUGCUGCGGUCGUGGCCACAACACCAGGACUGAGAAACGGAAGGAGAAGUGUCACUGUAUCUUCCACUGGUGCUGCUACGUGAGCUGCCAGGAGUGCAUACGCGUCUACGACGUCCACACCUGCAAGUAAACGUAGGUAGGUCUCCAACUGAUGGGAGGUUGCUCCAGAGCAGGGCCAAGGGACCCAUCAACCCUGCGACCAGCCCCCGCACGGUGGCCUCGCACUUCAGAGGAUGGCAAAAGAGAACCCUGAUGCCCUCGGUCAGGGCAGACACCCUCACACAGCCAGCGCCCGCGCUGCAGGGAAGGCUCUCGGCAUCUCACCCCACACGAGGUAGUCCAAGGCUGGACCCGGCGCUGCAGACAAGUUAGGUCACUGAUCUGCUGACUCCUCUCUGCUGUUUGGCAUGACAGACUGCCUGGGGAGAAGCGGGGACAGCAGAGGCCCCGGCGAGGCCUGGCCUCCCCAGUCGGUGCUGCUAACAAGGCACGCACAGAGCUUCCAGCAGCGUCCUCCUCCGGAGGCCUGGCCCAUGUAGAUGCCAGUACGGGGGUUUCAGGUGGAAAUGAAUUUUACACAGCGAAAGCUGAGCAAAUACAGCCCCCCUGCCUCCUGGCACGACCAUCCUGGCCUCAGCAGGUGUGGUGAGGAGGAGGAAAGGAGCCAAUUCCCCACGCCAGCCAGGCUCCUUCCUUCCUGCUCCAAGAUGAUGUUGGAGAAACAAACCUGUUUGAGCACGCGAACCGAGCCGUACAGCCAGUCCCUCCUUUCACCUCCCCUUUGCCCUCUCUACUCCCCACAGCCCCAGAUCAUCUCCUGUAAUCUCCAAGGAGGGCAGCAGGAAACCAGAGCCCGGAGCUGAUCCUCUGGCAUUUGGCCCAGGGUAAGAGCAGAUCUCACGUGGUCAGGCUGCCGCCUCUUCCAUGGGGACGCAUCGCUGCUCCUGCAGCCUCCUUGCCGGGCAGCUGCCCAAGAGAUUUUUAAGGAUCUCAGCAGAUCCACCCAGUUGACGCACCUAUUUACUUAGCAUUCCCUAAGAUACGACCUUAGACCCCGGAGGGAGCUCAGCGCAUCUCUCUGGGACAGGGUACCCGCCAGGCGAGCGGCCGCACCAGCUCCGAGCACCAGCACUGGACAGGGAGGCAGAAGCCAUGGCAAGAAGAAAUUUCUGUUGAAGCCUUCUCAUCAGCCUUCCCCCAUCAGACAGACUUGUUCAAACCACUUCAUCCAGCAAGAGAGGCAAGGGCAGACGGGGAGGGGAGACCUUUAUCCAACAGCACAAUCCCAGGCAGACCCUUUCCUUCCCAUAGGAUUUAUUGAGUUACCUGCAAGUCAUUCACGAGGGGUCCACAUCGAGCAGAGGCUCGGGGUUCGGGCCCCAGGUGUGGCCACACACAUCCCGUGACUCAUCUCGGUGCAGCAGAGUCAGCAUUCGUCCCUCCACCUGCUCCCCAGGCCACAUCCCCCUCCUUGGCCACAGGCCCCUCAUUUUGGGAUUAUGUUUUCAUGGCGUAUCGACCCUUGAAACUAAAAAAACAAAUAUUAUCUCUGUUCUGGUGGGCUCCUCCACAAAUGAUGGGCCAAUAACCAUGUUCCAAUACCACUCCUCACGCAUCAGUGAUUUAACAUGGAAAUGCCUCUAAGCCAUUAAAUCUGUGUCUUCUACUCCACCCCCUUCUUCGUCCAUGGGAAAGAGCAGUACAGGGUACUGCAAAGAGCAAUAAAAGGGGUGAAAGCCCCCUCACACAUCACUCAAACCCGGAGAGAAUGAGAGCAGAAUUCUCAGUCCCUGCUCUGCCGAGCAUGAUGAAGAGCUCCUGGAUUCAGGCAGCCUGAGAAGCAUUAGCUUUCUAAAAUUAAAGAUCACAGCAGAAACCUCCCCGAUUCAGAAAUAAGCCGUCUUCUGAUAUGCAUUCUAUUUAAAAGUAUAUAUUAAAUUCUGUGUCUGGAAAGACUCCAAGUACCUGACUUUAAACAAAAUCCGUUGUUUGUUUGGUUUUUUUAAUCAAGAAAAGGUAUUUAAUAUUAAAUAGAACAUUUAUUGCCUUGUAAUUAUUUUACUGUAGCCAGGUAUUCUAGCACUGAAUGGAAGAUCCUUUUCCAUCAAUCUGCUGUAUCCAAAGUUUUGUAUAAAGUUGUAGAGGUCGAUUUUUUUUUAUUUUAUAUUCAGAAAAUUUCUCUUUUUAUAAGCAUUAUUUAUUAUACAAUG